GUGGUGCAGCUCGACGAGAACAACUUUGAGCACCUCACGCAGGCGGCGACGGGCGCCACCUCGGGCGACUGGCUGGUUCUCUUUUGCAAGGAGUCGGUGCCGCGGUGCGCGCGGAUCGUCACCACGUGGGAGAAGAUGGCCGUCUCGCUCACCGCCUCGCGCGAGGCCCGCGGGAUGCCGCGCAUCAAUGUCGCCUCGGUGGACACGUCCGACUCGCCGUGGCUGACGAAGCGGUUCGGCAUCACGUCGGUGCCGCUGGUGCUGCUCUUCAAGGGCGGGGUGAUGUACUCGUUCCACGGCGGCGGCUUCUCGAUCGAGAAGCUGCAGCACUUUGCGGAGCGCGACUACUCGCGCUCGUCGCGCAUGCUCGUUCCG